UGUUCAAUGUCCAGUGGCACAUGGCUGAGGCUGCCCUGUGGCUGAUCCCAACAAUGCUUUCAACGAACCGCUGCGGAGGUGCGUGGGGAUGAAAUGGAUGGAGCCCAUGGCCAGACCGCCACACCAGCUCCCGCGUCCCGGCAUGUCCAGCCGCAGCAAGUCUCCCCCCAACUCUGGAGAAGCUGCAGGCUCUAACUCCAUGGCAUGGGUGAAGAUGUUUAAAAAACCCGGAGGAGGCCUGAAGAAGUCCUACCAGCCUGGCAGUAUGCUGUCUCUCGCCCUCACCAAAGGCCUGCUGAACGAACCCGGGCAAAACAGCUGCUUCUUGAACAGCGCUGUCCAGGUGCUCUGGCAGCUGGAUAUUUUCAGGAGAAGUUUAAGGCAGCUCUCAGGUCACUUCUGUCUCGGUGACGCCUGCAUUUUCUGUGCUUUGAAGAGCAUAUUCAGCCAGUUUCAGCAGAGCAGAGAACGAGUGCUUCCGUCCGACAGCCUGCGUAACGCCCUCGCCGAAACUUUUAAGGAUGAGCAGCGCUUCCAGCUGGGCCUGAUGGAUGACGCUGCUGAGUGCUUUGAGAACAUCCUGGAGCGAAUACAUUUACACAUAGUUUCGGACACAGCAACCGACGCCUGCUCAUCCAAAUCCUGCAUCACCCACCAGAAGUUUGCAAUGAUGCUUUAUGAGCAGUUUGUGUGCCGCUGCUGUGGAGCAUCUUCAGACCCACACCCUUUCACAGAGUUCGUACAUUAUGUCUCCACCACUGCUUUAUGCCAACAGGUUGACCGCAUGCUGGGGAAGAGCGAGCGGCUGAGGUCAGACAUGUUCGGAGAACUGCUGCAGGCAGCAAACAACACGGGCGACCUGCGGAGCUGCCCGAGUGACUGUGGUCAGAGCAUUAAGAUCCGCCGGGUUCUCAUGAACUGUCCAGAGAUCGUGACCAUUGGGUUCGUGUGGGACGCCGAGCAGUCCGACCUGACAGACGAUGUGAUUCGGUCCGUCGGCCCCCGGCUGAACCUGUGUGGGCUUUUCAACCGAGUCACCGAUGAAAACGCCAAACGGAGUGAGCUUCUUCUGGUGGGAAUGAUCUGUUUUUCCAGUAAACAUUACUCAGCGUUUGCCUAUCACACCAAAUCUUCAAAAUGGAUGUUUUUUGACGACGCCACAGUAAAGGAGAUUGGAUCCAAGUGGAAAGACGUUGCGUCCAAAUGCAUCAGGGGACAUUUUCAGCCACUUCUUUUGUUUUACACCAAUCCUGAAGGGAGUCCGGUGUCUAAUGAAGAUGCGCCGAGACAAACCAGCAUGUGUCCGCGGUACAAAGCUCAAGUUAAUGGUGACACAGCCGGGAAACAUCCCAUGGGCAGUCCAAAGAAACUUCAGGAACCUUUCAUGGAGAAUAUCCAGAGGACUGGCGAAACAUCAAAAAAGGACAGAGGACAUCGGAGAACUGAGCAGUCACAGCAAAAAGACAUGGCACAUGGAAAGUCUUCAUCUUCACCAGAGAAUGGGCCAAAGCCUCCUGUGGAAAAACUAAAAGGUCAUCCACGUCCCGAGAAGUCAUCCACCCAUCAAAGCAGAGCGCCUCAGGAGUCACAUGGACAGAGUGGACAUAGUCGAAGAACCAACACGUCCCCGGGUCGCUAUGACCAGGACGGCAGCCACGAGCAGUGGGAAAAAGGCGGGAGCGGCGGAGGCCGCAAUAAGCCCAAGUCCACCUGGAGACCCAUUCGGGAAGUCUUAAACGUGGACACCGUGCUGAACGAGCUGGAGCAGCGGCGGCAGCAGCAGCAUGACAGCCCGCGGUGCAGCAAGCCCUCGGCCCAGGAAAGAGCGCACGCCGAACAGAGCCGAGACCGCGAGCGGGAGCGGGAGCACGCGCGAGUCAGGGAGGACCGGAAACAGAAGUGUUUAAUGACGAUUUACGAGGACGAGCAGCGGCACGAGACCGAGAGUCACAGCUCCGUGGAGUCCGAGAGCCGGCCCAGCCAGCAGAGGAGCAGCAGGCUCAAAGGGGGGCCCAAGACCCUGCUGCGCAGCGACACCUGGACCAUCCAGAGGACGGAGUCCGGCUAUGAGAGCAGCGACAGACUCAGCAGCGGCUCCACCAAUCCUGACUCGCCUGGGGUUGAUGGCUUCGCUGUUAAAGACCAGAGAUCAACGCCAGAGGCUCAGCUGCAGAGCCAGCUUCUUCAAAAGGGAGGCGACGCAAAAUCAAGUGUAACAUCCUCACCCUCACACAAUGGUAAACAUCAAACCAAGCCUCAGGGAAAGAACCAUGACCAAGUUUCACAUUCACAUCUGAAGAGCAGUCCAAGUUCAAGACGGAAGUCCAAGUACACUUCUGGUACCUCCAGGAAAGCAGUGUCUUCAGAGAGGAGCUGUGCUGGCUCAGAUAACAGACCAGCUGAGCAGCAGGAGCUGACAAACUGUAGAGGGCACACCGGAGAGAGCGCAGCCCUGAGGCACAUAACAAAAACCAGUAGCUCCGAGUGGAACAGCUCCGACGAUCUUGCGCUUUCUGAGCCCGAGGACAGAGAAAGCACUUACCUCUCUAGCAACAGCGAGGCCGUCGCCUCCGACUCCCACUGUCCUCACGCCACCCCGCCCCACCACCCACCCGCCAACGUGACCGCAGAGCCUCUCCAGCAGAACAGCCAGCGCCAGCUCGGUACGACAGGGUCGCCUCACCUCCGGACGAACCAGCGGACUACCGCCCACCCGGGAGAGGCCGGCCACGCCGCGUUCCGUCCCAGGAUGCUUCAGGAAUCCUUCUCGUCCAGCCCCCGCCUCCCGUCCGCGUCCUACGUCAGCCCUCACCGGAAGCCCGACAUGUCGGCCCUCCGGACCUUCUCAGAUGCAAGCUCCAAGUCGGGCUCGGACCCGGAGAGGAGCACCCCGUCGUCGUGCGACAGCGAGGAGAGGCUGACGGGUUGCAGGGCGGAGCAGGCGGCGCCCGCCCAAGAGGUUUCCCUCACCACGUACUUUAACGUGGACAACUGCAUGACGGAGACGUACCGUCUCAAGUACCACAACCAGAGGCCUCUUGUCCUCUCCGCCACCGUGCCACGGACCGCGGUUGUGAGUGAGCGGAGAGACAACAGCCACACACUCCCCACUGACACACACUCACAAGACGUGCCAAAAGCCAGACCUGAAACAAGCCAUAAUAGCAAUAAACCCACUGCAAAAUGGAACCCAGUGACAGCCAAAGGACUGGAUGAGCGAGGUUUUUUAUGAGUGUGACUUGGUAAGUUUUGUUUACAUGGUCGGACAGUAUUAACUGGAUGCCAAAGAGUUUACAGAAUGGAAAUAGGUUGAGAAGCCGGGACGUCUCCAAACGGAGGGGAGCUUAUUUAUGCAAGCUUGUCACAUACGUAGAAGCUGUUUCUAAAUACUGUUUUGAGUUGUUUGAUGGAUUAUGAACUCUCCCUUCUAUCUUCCACGCUCCUGCAGUGCAAGGCUGCAAGAAGAUUUGU